AGUGAAGUGAAAAGGAAGAGUCCACAACAUCAGGCUCAGGAGUUUGUGUUUAUAUGUGUGUGUGGAGGAAAACACAGCCUAAGCGUGUGUGUGUUUUGAAGGAGCAUGCAGAAAGGACUCACAACCACUGGAUGAUUUUGGGAAAUCUUAAGGAAUUUUGUCAGGCUUUGCCGAGAAUACAGAUGGAAUACUUUGGAGAUGUGACCUGCAUAGGGAACCCUGCUUCUCUUUAGAGUUGUGCCUGAAAAUUUACCAAAGGCAGCUUCUUUUCAACAUUUUGUGGAAGAAGAGCAAAGCCACAAUGCCUACUGAUGAUUAUAACUACCUACCAGAUGCUUUGCCUCCUCUCCCUGAAGUCCCGGACUCUGGCCCGGUCCUGAGCUCCGUUGACUUACCGGCCCGCUGCCUCCGCAAUCCGGCCUUCCUCCACGCCUCCUCGCGCUACUGCUCCGCCCUCAGCAUGGACUCUUCUCCAGAUAGCACAGAGAGACCCGUCAGCUACAGCUCCACCUCAUCCUCUGCUUCCUCCCGGGACAGUCACUGCUCACUGGGCAGCCGCUCCACCCUCGUUCCCGCUCCUCACUGUAACCCGGCGAGCUCAGACCGGGAUUCCGGGGCCAUUCGAUUGGAACUGGUCCCUGCCCGGCAGCUGGGUUGCCAGGACGAGGAUGACAGGAGUGACACAGGGAUGGACACAAGGAAAGGACAGGGGAGACAGGGCAGUGCACAGACUCCAACAGAACAUUCAGAGCCUGAACUCAGCACAGAUGGUGGAGAGCGGACGGGGCAAGUGCAGGGACCUAGGACAUAUGUGGACCGGGUGGUGCAGGAGAUUCUGGACACAGAGAGAACCUACGUCCAGGACCUGCAAAGCAUUGUAGAGGAUUACUUGGAGUGCAUCAGUAACCAGUCUCGGCUGGCUUUGAGCUCUGAGGAUAAAGGCUCUCUGUUCGGCAACAUCCAGGACAUCUACCACUUUAACAGGGACCUUCUUCACGAUCUUGAGAAGUGCAAAGCUGACCCUGUGGCCAUUGCUGAGUGCUUCGUAUCCAAGAGUGAAGAAUUCCACAUUUACACUCAGUACUGCACCAACUACCCACGGUCGGUGGCUGUGCUAACAGAGUGCAUGAGGAAUAAGGCGUUGGCCAAGUUUUUCCGCGAGCGCCAGGAAUCUCUGCGGCACUCCUUGCCUCUGGGCUCCUACCUGCUCAAGCCAGUGCAGAGGAUCCUCAAGUACCACCUACUGCUGCAUGAAAUAGCCAACCACAUGGAGAAGGACACAGAGACGUACGAGGUUGUGCAGGAAGCCAUAGAAACCAUGCAGAGAGUGGCCUGGCACAUCAACGACAUGAAGAGGAAGCAUGAGCAUGCUGUUAGGCUGCAGGAAAUCCAGAGCUUACUGACCAACUGGAAGGGCCCUGAUCUAAUCGGCUAUGGAGAGCUGGUUCUCGAAGGAACAUUUCGUCUGCAGCGAGCCAAAAAUGAGAGAACCCUAUUCCUCUUUGACAAGCUUCUGCUAAUUACCAAGAAAAGAGAAGAAACCUACACAUACAAGGCUCACAUACUGUGCUGUAACCUGAUGCUGGUGGAAGUUAUUCCUAAAGAACCACUGAGUUUCAGUGUGUUUCACUACAAAAACCCUAAACUUCAGCACACCGUCCAGGCUAAAUCCCAGCAAGACAAGCGCAUGUGGAUCUUACACCUCAAAAGACUCAUACUUGAAAACCAUCCGGCUAAAAUCCCAGCGAAGGCUAAACAAGCCAUUUUAGAGAUGGAUGCAAUGCAUCAUCCCGGGUUUCAUUACAGUCCUGAUGGGGACAAGAAGGAUUCCCCUCAGACCAAAGAGGGUCCUACUCCUCGCAGAGGGCGCAGAAAAGAACCUCUAUCGAAAUUGUUGAAAAAUGCCAAGCAAAAUGCUGCCAACACAGAUGGUGAAAAGCAGAGAAUGAGCCUUGGCGCCACCCUGCUGUCACCAGUGUCCCAGCUGGCUUUGGGAACUAUCGGUCGCAGUCGCAGCCUCAUCAACCAAUCACAGGAAUCCCUCGACCCCGGGGAUCACUAUGACCACAGCGACAGGGAGGAGGAGCCACAUCAGCAAGAUGCAGAUGAUGAAGAUGAUAGUGGCCUGGGAGGAGGGAAGAGGCUGCGAGUCCCAGGAAAAAGCAGCAGGAAGAGACUUAACCCUCAGGCAUCAGUUGAUAGUAUAGAGCAGUGGAAAGCCUUCAAUAUGAGCCCAUCAGACCUACAGAGAGCCAGAGAGUCCCUCGUGAGAGAAGGAAGCCACCACCCACCUCUUCUCAGAACAUCUCACGUUACUGAAGAACCUCCAGACUCGCCCAUCCCCUCUGUGGUAGUGACAGAAACUGACAACUCAGUAAGGAACAUCUGGGCGGACCACCGUGCUCGCAGGGCCAUGUUCCCCACCCGCCAGCGCACCAUGCAGCCAGAUGACGAGGACGAAGACAUCUACCAGAUGUUCGUCCCUACAGAGCAAAGUGCUCCAGAACCAGACGUGACCUCAGAGGCCACUUCUUCACCCAAGUCUGCUCGGCCCUGCAGCUGGCACGUUGAACAGGUUCCAACUGUGCAGAUUGACCCUCCGACCAAUGGGGGCCGAGUCUUACGGAGGGCGAGCAGUGCAGGAGAGAAGGCUACAGAGGCUUUACAGAGUCCUGAUGAUACCCAUCCUGAACACAGCAACCUGGAAGUGAUCCACACAGAAUCAUCAAGCAACGACUUAUCAGGAUCAUCCUCAGCCGAGCAGCUAACGAUAGAUGAUAUUGAAAACGUGUACGACAACAUUAGCUAUGAGGACUUAAAGAACAUGGGCCUCAUCAGGAAAGACCCAGAGGACAGUCAGCCAAGGAAAGAAAAUUCUACCAAUGCACAGGGUUUCCAAGGUAAGGCAGCAAGGGUCUUGAAUGACCCAGAAGCUCCAGCUGUUGUAGAGCCAAUGAUUGAGGCCGACAGCUCUUCAGAGAGCAAUCGUUCAUCCACUCAAGAAGGAAGGCCUUUUGAGCUCAAGAUAGUGGAGGAGAACAUCUAUGACACUAUCUGUUUCAGGGACCCUCCACCAACGGAGGUGAAGGGAAAAAGUGAAGGCAACAAAGUGAAACAAGAAAGGGGCAGUGUGAUCACAUCUGAACAAGACCUCACUGGGAGCCUUGGAGUGUUUGUUUCAGAGGAGAGCAUUCAUUUCGGAGAGGAUGAUGGACAUGAUAUCUCCCGCCCAGUCACAUGUUCCUCCGAGCCAGAUUAUUCUUCCUCAUCCGCCUCUGAGACUUUCUCUCAGCACCCGCAGAAAGGAGAUAAGAUGUCAGAGCAGGUUGAUGAGAUCUGGAAUGACCUGGAAAACUAUAUUAAGAACAAUGAGAAGAAGGCUGACAGGCUACCUGCUGCAUUCCCUGUAAGCGGCAAUGAGUCUCCAAAGAAGACUCCUUCAGUCAAAAACAGCCCUACAAAGACCUCACAUGCCAAUAACUCUCAAACAGCUAGCCCUCCAACAAAGUCUCCCCCAGCGCAUCAGCCUAAACCCCCACCUAUCACCUCCACACCAUCCUUCACCAUCCCAGUCAUCAACCUCCCUGAACCAACUCCAGCAGAAGAAAACCACAGCCCUCCUCCUGCCUCACGCCCCCUUCCUGUCACCCCUGAGCCCCUCCCAGGCACAGUAAAAAACAUCCGGAAGAGACUGGCCCGCUUGAGCAGCGGUAGCUUCCGUCUAGAAGACGAUGACCUGGUGGAGCUUCCAACUCGAAAGGACCUUCACAGUUUAUUUCCAGGGGAGUUAGCAGGUCUAGACUCGCCCCUGGCCACAUCUUCUCUCCUGCUUGGGGAGUCAGUGGACUUCCCUUUGGAACUGAUGGACAAAUCCAAGAGCCGAGUAUUCCUAAUGGCACGGCAGUACAGCCAGAAAAUUAAGAAAGCCAACCAACUGCUGCGCAUGAGAAGCAUGGACCCUGGGGACUCAUGUACCCGAGCCAGGGCUGAGAAGAGGCAGAAAGACCUGGCAGCCAUCUUGGAAGAGAAGAAACAAGGGGGCGCUGCUAUAGGUGCAAGAAUAGCAGAGUACUCCCAGCUCUAUGACCAGGUCAUGUUUAAAGACCCUCCUGGUACAGCUGGUCAGACCUCUGUCACCCCACAUCACUCCCACCCAGGACUGCCGUCCUCUCCUUCCAUGCCUGAGACCUCCCUGGAGGAGGACUGGCUCCACUCCACGUACAGCAACGGAGAGCUGGUCAGCUUUGUUUCUUCAUCCAGUGAGGGGGAGGACGCUCGUUUUUCUUCUACUCCACAUCGCAGGCUUACUUCCUCCACCUCCAUCCCGUCUUUGAAGACUCUGCCUCCCUCUCCAACCACCCCACCGUCUCAGAGAUGGAGCUCUUGCAUGUCGGCACCAAGCGAGAAAGAGGAGCAUGUGUACAGUACUAUUAAGAGACAUCCUUCGUUUAAUGCUCCGUCUUUGCCCUCCUCAGAGUCUUCCCCGCCUGGUCCCUGUCAGUCUGUCAGCUCUUUGGGUAGCCAGCAGCAGGAGAAGAACCAACCUGGACUCAAAUGUAAUGGACCCGCUGGAGAUCGAUCCACAGACAGACUCCACGGCCCGAGUCUGGGUCGUGCUGGUCGGCAGAGUAGCCUCCCAGAACGCUCCAGCCAGGGACUCUCAGACGUCACUUUACACGACGGUCAACAGGUGGUGGUCCUGAACCGAGCGUCUGCGCUGAGCAUACUCAAUGCCACCCAGAACUACCUGGCUAAUUUUAAGGACAACGGGGAAGACGACGAUGACUAUGUGGAGAUCCGCUCUGAGGAUGAGAGUGAGCAGGAGCAGGAAAAGUUGGCACGGAGGAAUGGAAGCUCUGCAGUCCUUUCCAAUCAGAACCGAAGUCUCCAUUCUCAGAGUCUGCCGUGCACACCGGUGCACUCCUGCGACCCCUUGAGGUCUCUAGACCGUGAGCAGCUGGAGAAGUACCUGUGGAGCGAGCCACAGCAGAACCAACCCAAGAUCGUCCAGUCACUGAGGGAGAAGUUUCAGUGUCUGAGCUCCAGCAGCUUUGCCUGAGUCUAUGGACAACUACAAGCCAAACAUAUAUAAACAUAAAACACAGCAACACGAGUGACACUGCUGCUUUCAUCACGAUAAAAUAAAUCACUCAAAUAGUUCUCUACAUAGAUCAGAAGCAAGGGCAGACGUUCUCCUUUCUCAAACAGUAAUACAUGAUUAAAAUGCCACAUCAGUCUGCAUGUGAGCUGUUUAGCACUUCCAGGUUCAGAUAGACUUCUCAAAGAGAUCUAGCAGGGAAAAGUUAUCAACAAUAGUCAAAUUAAAGUGGUCUCAGUCAUUUUUUAAAAUGCAUCCUCUAUGGCUGAGUGAGUUUUAAUACUGAGAGAAUUCAGUUGCUUCUAUUGCUUUAUGUGUAAUCCUUGUAGGGAUAAUUGGAGGCGUAGGAAUUGAUUCAGGGCGACGUGUGCCAAUCAACUGUUGUACAGAUGCACACUGCAAAAACUCAAAUCCUAGUCAGUUUAUUUGUUCAAUUUCUUGUCAGAAUAUCUCAUUAUACUACAGUAUUUUAAGCCACAUUCAUUAAAAGACUAGAAAACAUGUAAUUUCAGGAUUUACAAGCAAAAAAAGCCUGUAUUGCUUGUGAGAAGUAAAAAUAUCUGCCAGCGAUGCAUCCUGGCUGAUAUUUUUACCUAUUACAUGCAUUUUAUACCAUAUAUGUGCUUAAUGCCUUGAAGUAAGCUCUUCAUCUGGAUUUGUUAAGUGAUUAUGGCUUUACGUCCCCACAAAGUGAAUAUCAUAAUGGAGAGAUUUGUGCCAGAACACAGUCAAUUUAUUCUCCAACUUCUGUGCUCUGGCACAAAGAAAGGGAGCUGUGCUCUGAUCAGAGGCAUUCUUUCAAAUUUGAGAGGAUCGUACUUCUUUGUGAGUGGGCGUGACUUCAGCUCAUUUAAACCGACACACCCACACCAUCCAAGAGCACAUUUUACAGCCUCAUUUUUCAUGGUUUUAAAGCUUAAUUUUUUAAACUUAAAGAUGUUUUUCAUGAGUAAAAUUUGGCCUGGUGGUUCAUAAAAAGAAAGAUUUUUUCAUCACUUUACAGGAACUUUAAAACAAUCAUAAGGAGUUAUUUCUGACUAGGAAUUGCACAAAUACACUUGCCUAGAUAUGAGUUUUGGCAGUGCAGUAGUUCAGGAUACCUGUUAUUGAUUGUAAGACAUAGAAAUUUGUCUCAAAGUAGAACAAAAAUCUGCCCAUCUUCAGUGGACUCAUGUCAGGAACUGUUUCUUUUAAUUUGCUGUUAAGAUUAGUUAAACUGCAGUUUCAGCUCUAGUUAAUCUUAACUUCUAAAGAAUCAGUUAGAGACUAGAGGUUUUUCAAUGUGCUUACAUGAUGAAGCCACUUGCAACAAGCAGCAAUUCAAAUCUGCAAUCACACAGGCUAGAUUGUCACUUUUAACAGCUUUUUUUUAAGUACUGUACCAAAAAGUUUGUAAAAACAUGACGUACUGGCUCAAACAGGAUCUUAUAGGUUAAGUUAUAACUAGACUUAGACAUUUAAGUCUUUUCAAAUAACUUUAUUUGACUCUACUUACCACCUUUGUAGGGUAUCACGCUUUAAAAUCAGAAAAAGAUGCUUAGAUAAUCUAUAAGCAACAGUAGGACUUCACACUUACUUUGAAUCUGUGAGAUAAUGUUUUAAUGUUUUACUGCCAACAUGUCGAGUGAAAUGUGCAUCUCAAAAGUGGAUUUUUUUUAUUUGUGCUAAUUAUAACAUUUGUUUUUAAGAGGGACCACAAAGGACAGGACCGAGGAGUCUGUUAAAGUCUACAGUACUGUAUUUGGUGUGUAUGAUUUUUUUUAAGUGGAUGGUCAAAGCCGUUUGUUUACUUUGUUUAUUGGACACUGUCACACUACUGAUACUGCAUCCACAGUCACAGAAAUAUUGUUUUCAGUCACUUCAGUAUGGUUCAUAUAACACAGUUGUUUUCCAGGAUUUACCACACGCUUAUAAAAAUCACAUAAAGUUGUCCUAUUUAUUUGAAAGCAUCGUUUUGCCCUAUUGUCACUAUGACUUAAAGCCACAUGUGAGAUGUAAAGUAAAAUAUAUUUAUUAAAAGAAGGUUUUAUUCAGUUUUAAGGGGUAAAGACAAAUUUCAAUCAAAUACUGUGAAUAUUUUCAAAAGUGGGUUUUCUAUCACACUCUGCUUCACAUUAAUACAAGAUCACUAUAGCACGUGAAAAGUUGAAUGAAAGCACAAUAUCGAGGCUUCACAUCAGGAAAUCUACAUCAAACCCAAGUUAGGAAUAUGAAGUAUGUUCUGUUUUUAUUGUAUUUUUGUCCUCUGUUUCACUGGUGGGGAUCGUCAGUCUUUGUUGACGCUGUUUUGCACUUUUCUGUCUUUUUUUAUUUGUAAACACUUUGUAAAGAUGUACAUUUUAGGAAAGUUAUUCUUGUAUGCCAUAGGUAUGCUUUAUAAUGCUUUAAUGUUUAAGUUAAGUGUAUUUUUUUAACUGCCUAGUUGUCAUUGCUCAACAAAACGAUGUAUUGGAGGUAAUAAACUCAGAUUAAACCCA